CGCCGGUCAAUUUAGGAAUUUCUCAUGUAGAUGUUAUAGUUCAUUUUUGUUUUAUUGUAUCUGCUUUGAGUAAGCUAUUUCGGUGCAAUUUGCUAUUUUUAUUGCCCUCUAUGUUGGUAAUAACAAUUUUCUUGUUUGACACAUUGGACGUAUGCAACUAGAUGAUAUUAAUCUCCUUGGAAAGGAGACAACGGAGACGAAGGCAGCGGAAGCAAUGGAGGUUGGUAAGGUAUCUACCAAGAAGAAAGAGAGUGAAAAGUCAUCCAUUUCUUUGGACGUUAAGCCUUGGGAUGACUAAAUCAUAUGAAGAAACAAGAGGAGGUUGUUUGCAAUGUUCAGAUGGAAGGGCUUUUCUUUUCUGGGGAGCAUGCACGACUUAUUUUCCAAUCGGCAACGGGAUUAAGAAAUUUCAAAUCAUGCUUACCAUCGUGGAUGACCUGAAAUUUGGGUGGCGUAGAGCCUCAUGUUGUUGGGAAAUCACACUCACUUCCCAAAAGAGUGGUGGAGUACCUUGAACUUGGGCAAUGAAAUAGGCAUAGGUAAAGAGUAUCAUUUUCUUUUUAGAUGUAAGUUGGAUUAUAAAUAUCAUUCUCCUGAAAAUGUAUCGUGAUUGUCAAAAAUUAGAAAUACGAUCAAAAAAGAUCCCUAAGGUUUGUAAACCUGUUGGUUUUGAAGGGUUAAAUAGGUACAAUUAAUAGAGAUCAAUUGUUCAAGUGAUCA